CAUGCACCUGCCAAGUAGACAGGCACGCUGCUUCUACUUCCUGUUUGUUGCUAACCCGAUAGGCCCCGCCCUCUUCCCCCGGGAGACCACGCCCUCUGUGAUUACGUCACACACCAGAAUUCUUUCCCCUCUAUAGACAGGACGGUCCGGAUAGGUGCCCGGGCUCCGGGGUGUCUGCUCCCCAUCCUGCCAGAGUGCUCGCUGAUCUGUAAUAAUGAGCGGGUCCAAGCCGGACAUCCUCUGGGCCCCCCACCACGUGGACAGGUUUGUGGUGUGUGACUCUGAGCUCAUCCUUUACCACAUCGAGUCCAGGGCCAACACCAACUCCGAACUCAAGGCUGGAUCUUUGCGGCUCUCGGAGGAGACCACCGCCACCCUCCUGGCCAUUAACUCGGAUACUCCCUACAUGAAAUGUGUGGCGUGGUAUCCAAAAUACGACCCAGAAUGCCUCCUGGCUGUCGGCCAGGCCAACGGCAGGGUAGUGCUGACCAGUCUGGGCCCAAACCACAACUCUAAAUCCAGAGACUUGAUCGGGAAGGAGUUUGUACCCAAACAUGCCAGGCAGUGUAACACCCUCGCCUGGAAUCCCGUAGACAGCAAUUGGUUAGCCGCCGGCCUGGACAAGCACAGGGCCGACUUUUCAGUAUUGAUCUGGGAUAUCAGCAGCAAGUACACCCCCGACACCACCGUUGCCAUGGAGAAGGUCCGUCUGUCCGCCGGCGACAACGAAACCAGCAUGGUGGUAACCAAGCCCCUGUAUGAACUGGGCCAGAACGACGCCUGUCUGUCCCUCUGCUGGCUUCCCAGGGACCAGAAGUUGCUCCUGGCUGGCAUGCACCGUAACUUGGCCAUAUUCGACCUCCGAAACACCAACCAGAAAAUAUUUGUGAACACCAAAGCGGUGCAAGGCGUGACUGUGGACCCCCACUUCCAUGACAGGGUGGCUUCUUUCUUUGAAGGGCAGGUGGCCAUCUGGGACCUUAGAAAGUUCGAAAAGCCAGUUCUGACUCUUACCGAGCAGCCGAAGCCGCUGAGCAAAGUGGCCUGGUGCCCGACCAGGACUGGGCUACUUGCCACCUUAACCCGGGACAGUAAUAUAAUCAGACUGUACGACAUGCAACACACCCCUACGCCCAUCGGGGACGAAACCGAGCCCACCAUAAUAGAAAGGAGCGUCCAGCCUUGUGAUAACUACAUUGCCUCUUUCGCGUGGCAUCCGACCAGUCAGAACCGGAUGGUGGUUGUCACCCCCAACAGGACCAUGUCAGAUUUCACGGUGUUCGAGCGCAUUUCUCUGGCCUGGAGUCCCACCACGUCGCUGAUGUGGGCGUGCAGCAGGCAGCUGUAUGAAUGUACGGAGGAAGGGAAGGACGCUUCUCUAGAGAGGGAUAUCGCCACUAAGAUGAGGCUCAGGGCUUUGUCGCGCUACGGCCUGGACACGGAACAGGUCUGGAGGAACCACUUACUGUCGGGGAAUGAAGACCCUCAGCUGAAAUCUCUGUGGUACACUUUGCACUUUAUGAAGCAGUACACCGAAGACGUCGACCAGAAAUCUUCAAGCAACAAAGGAUCAUUGGUUUAUGCUGGGAUUAAGGCGAUAGUGAAAUCGUCACUGGGAACGACAGAGAGUGUGCGCAGCGGCUGGAGCGGCUCCGACCGGCAGGUGGAUGUGGUCCAUUACGUCAGCGAGGAGCGCAGUUUGGCGCUGCAGCUUUGUGGCUGGAGGAAGAAAGGAUCGGACACGGAUAUCGGACCUUUUUUGACCUCGCUGGAACAAGAAGGCGAAUGGGAGAGGGCGGCGGCCAUUGCGUUGUUUAACCUGGAUAUCCGCCGGGCCAUCCAGAUCCUUAAUAAGGGGGCGUCCACCGGGAAAGGAGAUCUGAAUCUCAAUGUGGUAGCGAUGGCGCUGUCCGGAUACACAGACGAAAAGAAUUCGCUUUGGAGAGAGAUGUGCAGCUCCCUCCGAAAUCAGCUCAGUAACCCUUACCUUGCCGUCAUGUUCGCUUUCCUCACCAGCGAUCCAGGCUGCUACGACGCUGUUCUGAACGAUUGCGCCAUGGCAGUGAGGGAUCGGGUGGCCUUCGCCUGCUUGUUCCUAAAUGAUGCUCAGUUAGUUAAAUACAUUGACAAGCUGACCCAGGACAUGAAGGACGUUGGGAAUCUGGAGGGGAUCGUCCUGACCGGUCUGACCAAGGAUGGAGUGGACCUGAUCGAAAGUUAUGUGGAUAGAACGGGGGACGUACAGACUGCGAGUUACUGUAUGCUGCAUGGAUCGCCAUCGGAUGCCCUGAAGGACGAGCGGGUCCAGUACUGGAUAGAAAACUACAGGAACUUGCUGGACGCCUGGAGGUUUUGGCAUAAAAGAGCGGAGUUUGAUAUCCACCGGAGUAAGCUGGAUCCCAGCUCCAAGCCGCUAGCACAGGUGUUCGUGAGCUGCAAUUUCUGCGGAAAGUCCAUCUCUUACAGCUGCUCCUCCGUACCGCACCAAGGCCGCGGAUUCAGUCAGUAUGGGGUCAGCGGAUCACCGACAAAGUCCAAGUUCACCAGCUGCCCCGGAUGCCGAAAGCCUUUACCGCGCUGCGCGCUCUGUCUUAUUAACAUGGGAAAUCCGGUCUCUAGCAGUCCAGGAACCUCAAAGUCUGAUGAGAAGAUCGACCUCAGCAAGGAGAAGAAGGUGGCGCAGUUCAACAACUGGUUCACGUGGUGUCACAACUGCCGGCAUGGUGGGCACGCCGGGCAUAUGAUGAGCUGGUUCAGAGAUCACACGGAGUGCCCGGUGUCGGCCUGCUCCUGUAAGUGUAUGCAGUUGGAUACAACAGGCAACCUGGUUCCGGCAGAGACUGCGCAGCCCUAGGUCUCUCUUAUCUGGAAUGUUAUCCGGAGCUUUAGAUGUGUUCCUGAUGUUCUGUGAGCUGCACCAUGGACAGUCUGUUCAGACAGCACUGCUGAUGGUACGGAGGGUCCACAGUGUUACAAUGGUCCUGAAGGAUUUCUACAUGGACAGGAAUCUGGAAGACGAUGACGUGCCGCUUGGUACAGCGGAUUAUUUGCCCUCUGUUGGAGACUUUGCAUUGUGUGGGGGGUGGAUUUAGUUUUAAUGGAAGGUUCUCGAUUUUUUGAUUGCCGAUCCUAUGAGCUUUAUGUUAAUUUUCCUACAGCCGACCAGAGACUGCAGAUCUGGACUUGCCAUAAUGUUUCUCCCACUUAUCGUUCACUAAUGGUCAUGUUCUUCUCCUACUAAAAGAAUCUGUGAAAACAUUGAUCUAUUGUUUGUUUUUACUUGGCUGAUUUUAAAGGCAACGUUCAGUCAGGUAAUGUGUAUGUACACUUAUCCUGUAUUAUACUCCAGAGCUGUACUCACUAUUCUGCUGGUGAGGUCACUGUGUACAUACAUUACAUUACUUAUCCUGUACUGAUCCUGAGUUAUAUCCUGUAUUAUACUCCAGAGCUGUACUCACUAUUCUGCUGGGGAGGUCACUGUGUAC